AUGAAGGUGAAUCAAGUCGUAUGUAAAAAUUGCCGCAGCACGGAUGUGGAGACGAACGAAGGACAAGGGGAGGUGAUCUGCCUCAGAUGCGGCUCUGUCUUGGAGGAGAACAAAAUCGUAGAAUCUUUGGAGUUCGUCGAGAAUAACAAUGGGGCUAUUUCGAUGGUCGGACAGUUCGUCCCCGCCAGUGGGAACAAAUCCUUCAUCCUCUCCUGGGGAGUGCGUGAGAGUAGAGAGUUAUCCUUGCAGAAGGGGUACAUAAAUAUUCAGAAAAUAGCAGAGCAUUUGCAUCUAUCGACCCAACACGUAGAAGCAGCACAGAGAAUCUACCUGAUGGCUCUGCAAAGGAACUUUACCAUGGGUAGAAACAACUCAUACGUUGCAGCGUCCUGUCUGUAUACCAUAUGUAGAAGGGAAAAGUCCCCUGUAAUGCUAAUCGAUUUUAGUGAUAUUUUACAGACCCCUGUCAAACCAUUAGGAAAAACUUUUCUCAAAUUGUUAAGGUUACUUCAUAUAAGUGUACCUAAUAUAGACCCUUCCCUAUAUUUAGAGCGCUUUGCACAUAAGCUAAAUUUAAAGAGUGCUAUAUACAAAGUUACCUACACAGGGAUAAAGCUUAUUCAGGCCAUGGCAAGGGAUUGGAUUUGUACCGGAAGGAGACCCACAGGGUUAUGUGGUGCCGCUCUGUUAAUCUCUACAAGAAUGCAUGGCAUUUUUGUUCAUUCAAAUACUAUUGCCAAUAUAGUGAGGAUAUCCAACCCUACUAUUAUUAAACGACUAUCCGAAUUUAAGAAUACUAGUACAGCUAAAAUGAAGGUCUCCGACUUUGAUAAAAUUCGUCUGAAUGAUCUGCCUUCCAAUUCACUACCUCCUUGUGUCAUUGCUUCUAAUAAGAGGAAGCUUAGAGAGGACAUGCUUAGGAAUAAUAAAGCAGUGUCCCUUUGUGAUAGCGACGAAAUCUUCAGCACUGUUGCAAGUGCCAAGUCGGGAAAAGAUUCAGACCAACUUCUAACGAAUGAUACCUAUUCCCCGAACUGUAACGAAGACACCUUUUCUCUCUGCAACACGAUGAAUAACACAAAUGGAGGAGAUGCAGACGAUCCCGAUAAUGUAUUGUCUUACAAUAAUUUAACUCUCCUGGAUAGUCGCUCUUCCUGUAACGGUAUGGAGGACGCCACCACCACGGAGAGCAGUGUAAAUGGAGGUAGUAGCUUACGUAGAAUUGGCCAAGUCAGCGAAUUGAAUAGCACCAUAAGUAGCUGCCUCCCUAGUGGAAGUACACUUGGGGGAAGCCAAACGGGGGAUGAUGGAGAGACCCUAACGAACAGCGGAAUAAACGUAGAAGAAAUCUGCAAUGAGAAUCCAGAGGGAAAUGAUUUAGAUCAGCUAGCCAAAAAAAUUAUCAACACGAUAGAUGUAGAGAAACAGUCCAGCAUCCUAAAGGUGAAUGUUUCUUCUUUGCGUAUGAAUAAUUCCCAAUAUGGUGGUAGCGACUCGGGGGAGGGCAGUGAAAGGGAUAAACUUCUAUUUCCUCACAGUAACAACCAAAGGAAUGUUAAAAAGGAGAAUGACCUAACCGACAAUCCGGCCACCAAAUCGACUGUAUCUAUUGCCAGCAUAAAUCGCUUGUCCGAUUUGGAAUCCUGCCUAACCACCCCCAUGAUUAGUCCUGAAAAGUUGCUACCAUCAAAUGGUACAUCCACGAAUGGUACAUGCGCAAAUGGGAAUUUAUCCCCCGUGAGUGGUGAGAAACAAAACGUAUCAAAAUCUACCUCACAUCAUGAUAGUAGGAACGAUUCGCUCUCCAAGAAGGCACUUGCUAAUGAUCCCGAGAUGGAUGACGCGCUGGACAGCCCAAACAAUGAUCCAGAAACGACCUACUGCAGCACACUUAAAGAAACGUUCAACUCGGAACUGAGCCACCUCCUAAACGAAGUGGAUGAUCUGCACGUUCUAGAAUAUGCAACUAAUGCUAAGGACAAUAAGCUAAUCAAACAACCAAAUGGAAUCCACAAAGAGGAGGUAAACCAUGUUAGUAGUAUCCUGUCCGAUUUUAAUUAUUUUUUCGAGAAUAAUUCAAACACAGUGGAAAGUCAACCCCCCAAUGGCGUAGACGUCUCCUCAGAUGCAUCUGUUGAACAAUUCAACGAAUCGCUGUCCGACUUUUACGAUAGCGAAAUUGAAAAUAUUAUUUUAUCUGAAAAGGAAAGAAAACGAAAAAUGCUCAUAUGGGAUGAUAUGAUGAGGAGUUAUUUUCCUCAGUACUACAAGCAGCUUAAAAAACAGAAGAAGAAAAGGGCUUCACACUAUGCUGAUCGUGUAGCUGCAGAUAAGAGUAAAAAAAAAAAUAAAAAAGAAGAACAACAAAAUGACCACCCUUCGGAUGAACAAACAACAGGAGAGUCUGUAAUCAUGGCUUUAGAAAAAUCAGACAAGAGCAUGUCAACCAAAAUGAAUUAUGAUGUACUAAAGUCCCUUUUUUCGUCAUGA